ACUGCCAGUGCGACAUCAGAGAGCCCGCAGUGUAUCUCUUUACAUGUGGGCGAAACUAACUGCGCACGGCUAACAGCUUUUAGGACACUGUCAGGUUUCCAGUGGGCCUCAUUUUAUGAAAACAAUCCUGAAUGUCAGUUUAAAUCGGAUGUUACAAACAGGAGCCCAUUGGUAGCUCAAAUGAGUGUAAGGCUAAUCCAGAAACUAUGACAUCACAAAUGUCACCUGAGUCUAUCAAGACAAUGUCUUGUUUUAUUACUCACCAAACCUUCUCCUGCUCAUCUGUUGGAAACUAAUGGAUUCUACGAAUCAUGAAUUUUCCCUGAGAGGCAUGAAGAGUUUUGAACAAAGCACCUUUGACUAUCAGACAAGUCGUCUUUCCCCUGCCAGGUCCAUUAGCAGCUUUGACCAGUUUACCCAUUGCCAUGGAAAAGGCGACUCUGCCUACAGUUCCUUCUCUGGUUGCUCAAAUGCACCAGACUGCUACUCUUGUCCCGAGGAAAUCUACACCCACAAUCUCCAAUAUGCCGACCUGAAAUAUGUGAGAGCUGUAUACAACCCAAAACUUUCUGUUUCUGACCCAAGAUCCAUGGAAUCUUUCAGCCAGACCGGCAAGGAUUCCCCUCCAACACCGCCUACCCGUCACCAAAGCUUUGUAACAACCAGAGUCUUGGAAAAGCCUAGAUUUUCAUUUAAUGUUGAUGAGCAAGAGAGAACAGAGAUCAGUGGUUCAGUUGGUCCCCACCUGGUGCCCCGCACUGACCAAAGCUACACUGGAUCUCCUCCUUCAUAUAGGUAUGAGGACCCAGUCGAUGUGUCUGAAAUGCACAGCCAACCUCAGUCUGCUCAUGUGAAUGCCUCCUCCAGUAACAUCCAAAAUAAAUGCCAGUAUUACUAUGUGACAGGGGUGUGCAUGCCUUCAGAGAUGGCUACAGAGCAUGUCAAACCUCAUCACGAAGAGGCCCCCUGCAGUUCUGAAAGACAUAGACCAGCACUGAAACCAUGGAGCAGCCAAAUUGAAGACACCGAAUGUGACAUGAGAGAGACUGACUUGGCACGUCAUAAAUCUCACAAUAGUGCUCAUCGUAUCUUCUACUGUGGACCAGAGGAAAGUUCCCAGGCCUUAGAACACAGCCGGCAGAGCAAGGAAGCUGUGCACAUUCCAAGCGAACCAGGCCCGGGAAAUAAGAUAAAGAAACAGCCUUUGGGUGAUGUAGCCAGUGAAAAGAUAAACAAAGAAACGACUCCACUACUUUACCACCUCACCGGGGAGCAACGUGCAUCAUUCCUAUAUUGGACCAGGAAUGAAAAUGAGCCAGGGGACCAAAAAACAAGACGGACCAGGUCAGCUUCACUGAAGCAGCAGCUGUCAAGGGAAGCUCCAGCUAAAGAGACUGUGUCCUCAGUGCUUAAGUGGAGCUGUGCUGAUGACAUAGAGGAGGAAAACAUGAACCAGGAAGAAACAAUGUACAGCUCAGGUUCCUCAGUGGAUGAAUCCUAUAAAAAGUAUUACAGGGAGAAGAUCAAGCUUGCACAAACUAAGGUUUUGAGGGAAACAUCAUUCAAGAGGAAAGACCUGCAGCUCAGCUGGCCUCACAGACUGAAACCAAAAGUAAUUGAGAGGCCUUCUGUCUUGCAUUUUGAACCUCCGGCAUUCACAGGGGAAGCAGAGGCAAAGACAAAAAAAGAACCCAGAAAAGUCCAUGCAGCUCAGACACGUUUAGGAAUGCGAAAGAGACUCAGACCAGAGCAAAAGAAGAUGUACCAUUCAGAGCCAGAGAAGCUCAAUCGUUUGGAAGAGUCAAGACAGGGCUCCUUGGGAAGUGAGGAAGAGGACUCCAAUAUAGACCAUAGGGAACUGGGCCUGGUAGCCAUCCGAAAAAAAAUGUUUGAAAGGGGACGAGCCUCAUCAACUUCAAGUCUGUCAAAGAAUGAGUUGAAGCAGAUGCAACACAGUGCAUUGGUGGAGUAUAUGGAGCGCAAGACAGGACACAAACCUUCCGAAGCACAUCAGCACAGACCAUUGACACCUGGGGGGCACCAAGAUAGAGGACUAAAGGUAGUGACAAGACCAUUUUCUGCUGGCCGAGUUCUGGACUUGUCUCCUGGUUCUGGCAAACACACACGCUCACCCAGCUCUGCAUCCAUCGAGGACCAAGGACAAGAACAGCAACUGCAGGCUGUGUCACAGAGCUGUGUCAAAUCUGUCUCGGCAGAGUUCCUGCUGGAUGAGAAGGAGCAGUUCGAUUGCAUACGGGCCCGCUCAAAUUCAUCUCCCUUCCCAGUCCAGACUGGCCGUAAGCUACAAAGUUUACCUGGUGCACUUGGCAACAGGAACUCAAGCUCUCGAAGUAACAAUCAGGCCAUCCCCAUUCAAUUAGAAGUCAUUGGUUCUGCUGGCGAGGAUGCUCCUCAAAUCAUAAAACCCAGAGGAAAGUCAAUGGAAGAGCUUGGGACCGUAGAACUGUUAGGCCGUGCAGUUCUCAGUAGAAGCACAGAGGAUCUUUGUGAAUUGAAGAAAAGGAGUAUUCCAGCAGGACCUUUGGAAACUCUGAGCCUGAGCGCCCCUAUAGUAAAGGAACAGGCCAAAGGGUCAAUGCAGGAUGUUUCGAAGAAUUCUGUGGGACACACCAACACCACUAGUGAAACCGAGCUACACAUAGAGAGUCAGGCUCCAUUGCAUUUACAGAAUGUGAGUCAGGUGGCACCCACGUCUUUACCCACAUCUUCUCUGCUUCUCUCAAGCCUACAGUCUUUGGGUCCUUUGGCAAAUGUUCCGGAGAUUUUUCAGAGCCUGGAGGCUUCAGGAAGUAAAUCUGCGGAUGUCUCUUCAGAAGCAAGGUUGACACCACCAGAGGGAGAACCUGAGCUUCCCUUUCAGGAUGAAGAACAUGCAGACCCUGGCCAGACGGGUCCUCCCAUUGCUGAAAAGACAGACAAAGCAAACUCUGCUGAAGUGCAGCAUGACGAACCAGUAACUGAAAGCAGUAAAGAACAGACCCAUGAGAAUGACAAGUGGGAAGAGCUGGUCUCUGCGAUUGUGGCUGCUGACCACUCACUGGCUGAUGUCCUUGAACCCUUGUCCAGCAGGAAGACCACAUUGAGCCUCAUGGAGCAGCUCUUAUCAGAGGACACAUUGCUGAUGGAGGAGUAUUACAAACGCAAGCAGAUGCAACAGCAGGCAAUGCACAAUAAUGGAGAGAUGGACCACCCAGGCUGCAUGACCUUUAACCCACCAGAGAAGCCUCAAAGCCUAGCUGGGGAGAGAACAGUACUUCAGAGUAAUCUUACCAGUUGUGAUGAUUCCAGUGAACUGAUGGCGAAGAAGAAUGAAUUGCUCAGAUAUAUUCGUUGCCAGAUGCAGUUACUGGAGGGACGAAGGUUGGCAUUGGCAGAGGACCUUACAUUGAAUUGCUCACUUGGCCGCUCAGUGGAGGCCAACCUCCAGGAACAUUGCACGGCCGGUGAAUUUGAGCGCUACACACUGUUCGUUGGUGACCUGGAGCGGGUGGUGAGCCUGCUGCUCUGCUUAUCUGCUCGCUUGGCACGGGUGAAGAAUGCCCUCAGCAAAGUCAACUCAGAUACAGAUGCAGAAGAGCAGCAAUCCUUGAACGAAAGGCACAAACUUCUCUGCAGACAACGGGAUGAUGCCAAGGAUCUGAGGGAUAAUCUUGACCGGAGAGAGAGGGUAAUUUUGGAAAUUCUCUCAAAGUAUCUGGACGAGCAGCAGCUCCAGGACUUCAAGCGUUUUGUUAGGGUGAAGGCCUCCUUGUUAAUAGAACAAAAGGACAUCGACGAGCGGACUCGUGUGUUGGAGGAGCAACUGCAGUGCCUGGAGGGUCAGAUACCUGUGUGAAAGCAGUCAGUCGAGAGGGAGGACUCCAGGGUGCCACUGUCCUUUCCUUGGAUUGGCAGGAGUUUGAGAAGCUGGUGGGCCUGCCUUAGAUGGAUGUUUUGGAAAGCUGCAUGGAGGCGAUCUUCACUUGUCAACUUUUUAAUUUCAUAUGCUGCCUUCUUGACUUUUUCACAAAGCAAGUGUGACUUGUAAUUUUCCACGGAGAAGAUUGUGCAUUUUUAUUCUGUAUUAGUACUGUACAUGUAUGUAAUACAAUACACUGAGCCACUUCACGUGCAAUUAAAUCCUGAAGAUGGGCACUUUUUACCAGCAGGACCCUGUUGAAGGCCUUUAUGCUGACCGCUACACUACAUCGAGGUUACUUUCCAGCAAUGUUGAACUCAAUUAAUCAGAUCUCACUAGGAAAUUCAAGACGUGGCACCAAUGUAGUCACCCUUGAGGCUUCAUUACUUGUUACAAAGCUUUCUUGGUUGUGCUGUGAAGUAUUUGGAGUAUAAACGUGCUGCAUGAGGCCUAAAUUCAAAGACAAAUGCAGGUGAAAGCAGACAGAAGCCUGACUGAAUGUUGCCUGCAGAGGCAAAUGUUAACAUUUCUGAAAAACCAAGAAAAAAAAACAUUGCUUUAGAAAGAGGCCAGCACCACAACUGUGAGAGUGCCCCCCCAUUUCGAAGUCCUUCUAAACCCCUCUCCACGUUUUCAAACACAGGAUGGGGGGGGCUGAAUUAGAAACAAAGCCGUGAUUGAUUCUAGAGAACGGUGCACAUCUCCAGCUGGGUGAUGCUCAACAAAAGAGCUGCUUGUAAACCACUACGAGUAUUCACGGCAGGCCUCUCUCGCUCUUUCCUUCUUAAUGGAGAAAAUCCUAAACACAACACACUUGAGUGGUUUUUACACAAAGGUCUGCAUAUACUGUAUGUUGUGUAGUAUUACUUAAGUUACAGUCCUGCAUAUCAUGAGGCCUCACAACAUAACGUAUGUCUUUCUUUUUAAUUUAUUCCUUUUGACUUAUAAAUGUGCUUGCUUUUGUAUCAUGGUUGCUGUUUUCAAAGUGUUAACGUUUUUGGAGGGGUCCGAUUGUGCAAUGUACUCGUUCAAAACAAAUUCAGGUUCUGAAGAAGCAAGGUCUCAGCUGAGAUUUGCUGCUAUUUAUGUCUUGUGUCGCGGGUCGUGCUUUGGCACCUCUCAACUCAUCACUGCUUGUUUAUUUGCUUCCAUCGCCUUUAAACCAGGGAGAUAAUCACUGUGGUCUAAUCUGAAGAGGGAUUGUGCUGGCCGGCAGCCUCAUUCGAACUGACAUUUACACACGGAAUGCAUAACCUGCGCCAGUCCUUAGUGUUUAGGACAAGUAGUUAUUUGGUCCACCAGCAGGAUCUCUCACAGGUGGGCUUCUACAUAAGAUAACAAGGGUGCUGGUUGGACAAAUGGCCAAACUGUAUAAUAGGAUUAUAAGCUGUUGCGGAACGAUAGAGUUGGCUCAGAAACACCAGUCAGACAAGCAGGGCAAAUCAGUGGGCUAAAGCCCCCUGAGGUUAGGGCAGGGCUACUCACUUACAGUCCUGGAGGGGUUCAGUGGCUGCAGGUUUUUGCUUUUAACUCAUUUUUUAAUUAGAACAAGUUUAUUUACCAUUAAAUCAAUACUUUAUUUUUGGGCUUGGAUUUAGUUAACCUGCAUGUCAGUGCCCUUAAUUGCUUGUUUUAGUUUCAUUUUAGCUACAUUAAUGUUUGAAUUGUUGCCCGUUUUUUUAACCAGCCAUCACUUUAUAAUGACAAAGGGAGCACCAGCUCUCCAGCUAACAUCUGGGUGUAGGCAGCUUGAAGUUAAUAAAAUGUUUGGAAAUAAAUGAGGGAGAAGAAGAGGACGAAGAGUUACAAAUCUGAUCCAGACCACGAAACAUAUGGAUAAUAAAAAAAUCUACAGUGUGAUAAAGAUAGGUGUUAGAAAAAUGAAAGCAAUAACAAGGCACAUAAUUAAAUAGCAAGUUUUAUUAGCUGCUAGGCCUGACUCCUCACUCCAUGGCGAAACUGGCUGGUGCGAAAACUUGCAGCCGCUUCAGCCGUGUGGGACCCUAAUUUAAGGCACCUUGUCUAGGUUGUGCAGCAGUGGUGUCAGGAGUUGGGGGGCAGAUUUUUUUUUUUUUUGGGAAUGUACAAGAAUAACAGCACUAAGUCUCUGAUAAUUGCAUGAAAGCCCAAGACCCCAAAUCUCCAUCCCCAGUCUUUGAUUUUUAUAGAAUAAGACUGUGCACAAAAAUCACAAAGGGGGCUAAGACCCUGAUAUCUGUAACUCCUUGGCGUACACCAGUCCAGGGUCAGGUGCGUCAAAGAAACGAGGCAUGCUGGUGACUUCAUGCAUCCGACUCAGACCGACAGAGAGUGUUAAGACAGCAAGUGCAAAUUGUCGGCCCUCCACACUGAACUCCGUGGUUUCAUUUCAAACUUUUGCCCGGUGGACUACAGAAUGUAAGAAAAAGGCAGGGAGUUUCUGCACAAAAAUAAAUAAAUAAACCAAAGUGUUUAAAUCAUUGUA